AUGUUUCUCAACCAGUGUCGUGUCAAAUCUGUUCCUCUUAGGUUAGUAGUUAUGGUGGUUAGACAGUGAAUCAUUCAACACAACACUGGUAACAGUCAGCACUCGCUCUCUAGAGGGAAGAUUUAACCUGUUGAGGUGUUUACAGAAUGAUUGUAGAUUAAAACGGCCUGAGCUCUUAUUAUUGAACACGUCACCAUAAGAUGCUCUUGAGGGACAGUUCCUAUUACAGUAAAAGUGUACUGUAAAUCAACACAAAAGAAUUAGAGUGGAUAUUAAUAAGAGAGCUGUGAAGCAACACUUCUCCAUCAUGCACUGGCACAGCGUCACUAUAUAUCAACUGUAGCCGGAUUGAAACACUCAUUCGCUCAGAUCAGAGGAAGUUAACAAACACAGGAGGAGCUGAUGAUGUUUAGAGAAAGAGUUGUGAGUGUAUAAUGAAGAGGAAGACUGACAGAAACAGAAAAUGUCUGAUAAGUGUGAUCUGUGUCUGCUGGGACUGAUCAUUCUCUGCUCACUUCUCACAGGUACCAGUGGAGUGAAUGAGACUCAUGUGUUCAUCAGUUCUGGUGAAGAUGUCUGUCUGCCCUGUAAUAAUGCUCUUUCUGACUGCACAUCAACUACAUGGAUCUAUAACAGAUUCAAACAUUCAGAGACAGCUGAACUGAUUAAUUUAGGGAAAAAGAAGAAAGACACAGAGAGACAUGAGAGACUGAGUCUGGGGUCUGACUGCUCUCUGAACAUCAAGAACGUCUCAAAAGAAGAUCCUGGAUUUUACAGCUGCCGACAAUAUGUGAAUAGCAAACAACAAGGAACUGAUGCACGUGUUUCAUUGAAUGUUCUUCAUGUUUCAUCAUCAUCAUCAUCAUCCUCACAGACUGAGAUCAGUCUAGGUCGCUCUGUGACUCUCUCCUGUCAGUUGUAUUCAUAUGAUGGAGAAUCUUGUGAUCGUUUGGCCCGUUCUGAGGAAAUUCAUCUGUUGUGGGUGAAUCGGGCUGGUGUUGAUCUGACAACAGACUCCAGAUAUCAGAUAUCAGCUUCAGGAUUCUGUAUCAUCAAUCUGACUACAACACUCCUGAAAGAAGAUGACAACAGAGAGUGGAGAUGUCAGCUUACUCUCAGAAAACAUGUCAAGACCUCAGUCAGAUACACUCUCAAGUAUUCAGCUCCAGUCCAUUCAACAACACUGAUUUCAGUCAGCAGCUCAAAAAUCGAGACUAAAUCGAGCCAAACUACAGCAGCAGCUCCUACACAAGAUCCAGCUGUCACAGCAUCAACUGAAGUCAGUAGGACUGCUGGAUUAUUAUUCAGAGUGAUUGUGAUGAUUGUUGAGAUUGCAGUGUUUGCUGCUCCUACUGUGAUUCUUCUUCAGAUCAUCUGUGCAAGAAGAGCUGGGAGGAAGAACUCGCAGCACCUCGAGGAAAUAGAGAUGCUUACAAGAUUACAAUAAAAUACUGCUGAGUUUUGAGCGAAUCUGCAAUAAUAUUUAAAAUAGUAAAAACUCACAGAGGAUUUUUCAAAGUUAUUCUUCUCAGGAAAUAGUGAUACCAUCAGGUUUACAUUAUUUUUUUUUUCUCAUUUAUAUGGAUUUAUGGAUAUUUGCCUACAGUGUUCAAUGUAAUUUUCUAGUUUUGUUUCAUAUAUAAACUGCUUUAAUUAUAAUAAAUACAGUAAUGGACAGACUGCUGUUUUGCUGCAUUGCUGUUUUUAGCAUUUUAUUUUAAUAUUUUGAAUGGUUGCUUCUCGUUUUCUUAAUAAAACCUCUGCAAUUGUGUCUAAUGUCUCCUUUCCUGAGAUAUUUGUUACAUAUAUGUCCAUCAACAAACGGAUGUGUAUAUUUCUAAUGUAUUGCAGUGCACAUGUGGGAACUGUAUUAUUAACAGUAUCAAUAACAGCACAUGCAUUAGCCGAGCUCUGACGUCAAUGACUGAUGAAACAUUAAAGUUUGUAAAACAAA